AGUCGAAAAGGGAAAGGGAAGGCCAACGUCUCAAGAAUUGAAUGUGAAAUCAAGAGAAGUUGGGAUUGGCGCGACAGAGACCACACUAACAUCGACAGAAAAUCUUUCCGGGGUAGUCAAAUCAACUUCCACAGGAACAGAUCCAAGGUCAACAGAAGUCAAGCCAGAGAAUGCAAUGAAGGCGUUGCCAAAGGCUGCAGGAUCACAAAAAGCGAAGCCAGUGUUCACAAUGCCCUCUUGGAUUCCUGGACUUGGAUUUCACGCGACUAUAGUUGAUAUCUGGGAAUCUGAGGCAAAGACUGACUACGAAGAAACCGUUUUCCAAGAGUGUCUUUUGUUGAAAGAACCGAAGGUUGACGAGAUUCUAUAUCAUAAGGCAAUCAUAGAUGCUAUUAUGAAAUACGACGCCAAACCAACGGGAGCCAGGGAAAAAGUGAGAUGGAUUCACCUACCUACAAAUAACAUGACCUGGGCUGAAAUGUUGAUGACGGGUCUUUGCAAUCAGAAAAAGAUGCCAGUAUAUAAAAGUAUCUGGGGAACGGACCCUUUUUACACUUCGCCAGAUCUUUCUCCCCAUUCUCGUUUCAUAACGCCCCAAUGCGGAAGGCUAAUACAAGACGGGCUGAAAACCGAAGGAGAUCUAAGCAAAGAGGCAAAAAAACCGGCCCCGUUAUUCAUGGCUAUGCCAUAUAUCCACUGGGAAGCUGACCGAGCCCAGACGCUUGUCGCCGAGUGGAUCAAGAAAGUCAAAUUGGACUCCGAGAAGACAAGCGGAGCUCGAGAGAACAAUUUCUGGCCUAGCGAAAAAAAUCGCAUUGGACUUAAUCUAACAGUUAAUGUUGCUAAGCACCCUCAAAUGACUACUUCUGAUGCAGGGGAAAUCACCAUUGAAACUCAGGACGCAGGAGAAAACUAUCUAGAACUUCUCCGACGUUAUUUGUUCAAGCGGAGGCCAGUACAUUUACGUCGCACUUUGGAUCAAUACUACUAUUCCCAUCUGGCAGAUACGAACUUCCGGGACGGUGAUCAAGUUGUUAUGCGUCAGCUAAACGAGUACAAGAAGGAACUCAAAUUGAAAGGUAAUCGAGAGUACAAAAGGCUGAAGCUCAUCCAAAAACAAGAGCAAGAAAUAGAAGAGAGCAGCUUCUUCUCAAGAAUUUUUCAAAAAGCUUGGCGGAGCCGCCCGAUGAAGUUGGAGGAGGUUAAUAGCCGGCUGUUCGAGAUUGAACAGACACUUUAUCGCGACAGAAACAGCCCUAUUCUGAUGGUAGAUCAGCUGUGGCUGUGGGUGGUAGACGAAAAGACCGUUGUAACUUGCUUUCCACAUCGGCUGCAGUAUAAGCGAGACAAUGAAGAUCUUGAUGGGGAAGACAAGACAGAUAUCCUAAAGACCAUCAUCACGUACCUUCAUAGUCCACGACGGCCAGAGAUCGAGAACUCAAAUGCCCUUGCUGAAUUAAUAUUCUGCCAAUGUGUGAGCAUACUUCACCGAGCGGAUAUGAUUCCGGAAGUUGAUUUCCUCAAAAAUUACUCGAUCCGGUCAAACAUAUGGGCCGACGAAACCAUGCAGAUGCUAAUCCAAUUCGUAAAAAGCUUCGAGAACUUUAUGGUCUGGAUUAAACAACAGCCAGCAGAAUCUGAAGAAUCGAUCAGAAGAUUCGAAGACAUCUUCAACGUCACAAAACAGACACAUCUACUCCGAAACAUACAGGAUAUCAAAGAUGAACUUUGCAUGCUCGAGGCAGUCUUCCAAGACCAGAUGGAUGUACUUUGUGCUGCUGGAAAAGAGAUCAACAAAGCAAAUUUUCACUGCGACGGUUGCGAAGAGGAUGAAGCUGUACGAGAAAAUAUCCGGUGUCCACACAGCAGCAUGGUUUUUGUAGAUCAAAGUAUGAAGCACUGGAAGCAGAUAAGGCGCAUGCAAGCUCAAGCUGAUCAAGCUUAUGACACUCUCAAGGACCUUUUGGAUCUCAAGCAGCAACAGGCAAAUGUACUCGAAGCGCGUGUCAGUCGUAACCAGGCAAUUUCAUCAGGAGAGCAGUCUAAGACAAUUAUGGUCUUUACUAUUGUUACUAUCAUCUUUUUACCUCUGACUUUCGUCACAACAAUUUUCACACUUCCCAUCGCAGAAUUUAGCCGUGUCGUGCUACCUGCAAAUCAAACUAUGCCAGCGACACCUUUCCUGCCUAAAUCCUUUGUGGAACCUUACAUAAUUGGCGUGACAUUUGCAGUCGCAAUUCCCCUGAUCAUAGCGGCUUUCGAAAUACAAUGGGUCUUGAAUACCUACAAAUUGUUCACGCUAUGGGUCUCUGAGGAAUUGAAGAGGAGAAGAGAGGAAAAGAGGACGAAUAUGAUGCAACAUUGUUGGCCGGACUUUUUGGAGGCCAAGAAGAAGGAGAUGGAGCAGGAUAGCGACCAACCAUGACCGGUCUAUUCUGUGGCCCCCUGUUAGGUGCUGAGAAAGUUUGGAAGUUAUGAAGAUGGCGUUCGGAGU